AUGGUCAAAGCUGUUGUUGCCGGCGCCUCGGGCGGUAUUGGCCAGCCUUUGUCCCUCUUGCUGAAGCUGUGCCCCCUCGUUGACGAGCUCGCCCUCUACGAUGUUGUCAACACCCCCGGUGUUGCUACCGACCUGUCCCACAUCUCCUCGACUGCAAAAGUCACCGGCUACCUCCCCAAGGAUGAUGGUGGCAAGGCAGCGAUGAAGGAUGCGGACAUUAUUGUCAUCCCCGCCGGUAUUCCCCAAAAACCUGCAGGGAAGCCCGGCAUGACCCGCGACGACCUCUUCAAGAUCAACGCCGGUAUCGUCAAGGGUCUGAUCGAGAUCGCCGCCGAGGUUGCUCCCAAGGCCUUCAUCCUGGUCAUCUCCAACCCCGUCAACUCAACCGUUCCUAUCGCUGCCGAGGUCCUCAAGGCCAAGGGAGUAUUCGACGCCAAGAAGCUCUUCGGUGUCACCACCCUCGACGUUGUCCGUGCCGAGACUUUCGUUGCUGAGAUUGGCGGCCAGAAGACCCCCUCGGACCUGACCGUUCCCGUCAUCGGUGGUCACUCGGGAGAGACCAUUGUCCCUCUCUUCAGCAAGAUCAGCCCUAGCGUAUCCAUCCCCGACGAGAAGUACGAUGCUCUGGUCAACCGUGUACAGUUUGGUGGUGACGAAGUCGUCAAGGCCAAGGACGGUGCUGGUUCCGCCACCCUGUCUAUGGCUUUCGCUGGCUACCGCUUUGCCGAGAAGUUGUUGAAGGCCGUUAAGGGCGAGAAGGGCCUUGUUGAGCCCAGCUUCGUCUACCUGCCCGGUGUUCCGGGAGGUGAGGCUAUUGCCAAGGCUACCGGUCUUGAUUUCUUCUCCGUCCCUGUCGAGCUCGGCCCCUCCGGUGUUGAGAAGGUUACCAACCCCCUCGAGGGCAUCACCGACAAGGAGAAGACUCUGGUGGAUGCCUGUGUCUCGGGCCUGAAGGGCAACAUCGAGAAGGGAGUCACCUUCGCCAACAGCACUCCUGAGCAAAAGUAA